UCCGGACCAGUCAAGGGUCACGCUGUAAGAGAAGGUGGUGCAGAGGGACCAUUCAUUCUGUCCGAUUAAGACAACAAAAAUCCUUCCCAGGCAUGAUUAGAACAGUUCUGCGAACUGGGGGUGCCCUUUUAAAGCACUCUGGACGGAGUGUACCAGGUCUGUGGACUCCAGUGCAGCAGCGAUGGGCCUCCAGCCUCCCCAUGAACACUGUGGUGCUGUUCGUCCCUCAGCAGGAGGCCUGGGUGGUGGAAAGGAUGGGCCGCUUCCACAGGAUCCUAGAGCCGGGGUUAAACUUCUUAAUUCCGAUCCUGGAUAGAAUCCGCUACGUGCAGAGUUUAAAAGAAAUAGUGAUUGAUGUGCCGGAACAGUCUGCAGUGUCACUUGAUAAUGUCACACUACAGAUAGAUGGAGUUUUGUACCUCAGGAUAUUGGACCCCUUUAAGGCCAGUUAUGGAGUGGAAGACCCAGAGUACGCGGUCACCCAGCUGGCACAGACCACCAUGAGAUCAGAGCUGGGAAAGCUGACCUUGGACAAAGUAUUCAGGGAAAGAGAGUCGCUGAACUCCAACAUCGUCCACUCGAUUAACCAGGCGUCGGACGACUGGGGUAUCCGCUGCCUGCGAUACGAGAUCAAAGACAUCCACGUUCCCCAGCGGGUCAAAGACUCCAUGCAGCUGCAAGUGGAAGCCGAGCGGAAGAAGAGGGCCACCGUGCUAGAGUCCGAGGGACACAGAGAGGCGGCCAUUAACGUGGCCGAGGGAAGCAAGCAGGCGCAGAUCCUCGCCUCUGAGGCCGAGAAGGCCGAAGUGAUCAACAGAGCUGCUGGUCAAGCCAAUGCUGUGCUGGCCAAAGCAGAGGCCAAGGCUAAAGCCAUCCAUCUAUUGUCUGAAGCCCUCACCUUACAGAAUGGGAAUGCCGCCGCGUCCUACACUGUGGCUGAGCAGUACGUCUCAGCCUUCUCCAAUCUGGCCAAAGAGUCCAACACCAUCCUCCUGCCCUCCAACUCUGGGGACAUCUCCGGCAUGGUCACUCAGGCUAUGAGUAUCUACGGUACCCUCUCUAAGCAGAACCAGACUGCAGCAGCGCGACUGUCAGCAUCAGCAUCACCAGACGACACGGCCCAGAAAGAGAAUGGCGCAUCUCAACCUCCUCUCCAGUAGAGGGCGCAAGCCCCAGCCAGAAACUCACACUGACUCAAAUACACAAGCUAUCCUGUUUGCCAUCAAGGACGAGGAGGCGACUGUGGAGUUGAUUCAUCUGAUUCUCCACAUUUGCGUCUCAACAAAGCCCACUCAGGAUCUGAUGGUUGAGCUUUGCUAACUUCUCCUGUUAUGAAACAGGUUGUUGAUGAACUUACGUGCACUCUAAGUUAGGGGGGUUAUCAUAAAGAUAGUUACACAGGAGAAGAAUACUAUGAAGAUAUGAUGACAUUGUCAGCCUUAACAGUGAGAAUGAGAAUUCUUUUCUGAAUUUUGGUUUUCUUUUUUUUUUCUUCUUCUUUUUUUUCCAUUUACAUGGCCUGUCAGCCAUCAUGUUGGUGAAAUUGUAGGUUGCAGUCAUCUUCUAUUUUCUUUGGCCAGCUUUCAAGUGCAAAUACUUCGGGAACAAUUUGGAUUCAUGGCUUUAAUUUACAGAGUAGAAAUGUCUGAUAACAUCCUAUGUUUAUGGAAGUGGCCCCUGCAGUUGUUAGAGUCCCUGUGUUGUGACAAUCUCAAUGAAGAUCAUUUGAUGGAAAUAACGCUUCCCAAAUAUGCCCAUAAAGGCCCAUAGAGGACUUUGCCAUUAUUAUCCAGCUGUGGACUCAAUGUAAUUACACCAAUGUGUUGACCCACAUUUGUGAAUGUUGUGAGUGAAGUUAAUGGGUAGAAUAGCCUUGGGCUUUAUGGAGUACAUUAUUUGUCAUUUUUUGUUUAUUUAAUAGUCUGAGGUUAAGAGUAUAUCUUUUUAAGAAGUCCCACCAGAUCAAGUCACAGUAUCACCCAAAGCACUUGAGAAUUGCAGUUGUAUUUGGAAGGAGAAAAAAAAAAAAAAACAGUAUGGAAAUUAGUGCUUUGCUUUGUAUCUGCAAUAUAUGCUAUUGACUUCAAAUAUUGAGGCUUAAGGAUAGGAUGGUGAAUAUCCUUGAGUGGCAAAGUCAGAGCCCUGACUUAAAUACUAUAGAAAAUAUGUGGAUUGACUUGAAGAGAGCAGUCCAUCGCCAUUCCCUACAGAAUUUGACUAAAUUUUAACAUUUCUGUACGGAAAAUUGGGCAAAUAUUCCCCUAUCUAGGUGUGCAAAGCUAUAAUAGAGACAUAUCCAAACAGAUUGAUGGCUGUAAUGAAAGCAAAGGGAAGCUUUACAAAGUAUUAAGUCAGGGGUAUGAUGACUUUUCCAACCCUGUUAUUCUAGUUUUUCAUUUUUUUAUUAAUUUUCAGAUCCAGUGCUCUCAAGCGCUUUAGAACCUUUGAUCGGAAUAGCCGUUGCUGCAUUGCUUUAGCUUGAAGUUACUUUCCGAUUGAACAACCAUGUGUGCGGUCAAUUAGAAUAUGAAUGGAAUACACCACCUCUUUUCACUCUGAUUCAAAUUCUACUCCGAUCAGCAGUUUUAUCAUGUGCACCAACACAUGGUAUAAAACAGGAAAAGUACUAUUCACCUUUUAUUCCUAAUCUGAGAAACUCCACUUUUUCUAAAUCUACACUGAAU